AUGGAGAAGGCAAAGGAAGAAUUGAAGCCGGAUAGCAGAAGGAAACAGGCGAGCAGCAGCUGGAGAGGAUUGGCCGGUAGUCAGUUGAUGCUCCUUGUUGAAAAGCGUCAUCGCAAAGUCCUCCAGAACACCCUGCAAGAGGUGGCCGCAAGAGAGCAGCUGACUGACACCAACUGCUGCGUCAUCUGCCUCGACGCCGUCAGCGAUGCGUGCGAGCUGGUGCCCUGCGGACAUGACAGCUUUGACUACGUCUGCGUGUUGAACUGGCUCUAUGACAACCCGCUGUGCCCUCUCUGCAAGAGAGACGUGACCAAAGUGCAGCGAGGGCCUCCCGAACGCCGAGAGUCGACCGUUAUCGAACCUAAGCCACCACGACCUGAACCGUCCUCUUCGACGAGGACAUAUGCCCAUCUGUCGCCGUUCCCCCGUCCUAGAAGGAGAACAUACAGGAUCCCUAGGAUCACGGACGACAGUCGGGAUGCUGAGAGAGCUCUAGCGCAUCGGCGCAAUGUCUAUCUGCACAGGCGGUUCUCAAAGCAUGUCGGCUCGAACAGGCUCUCCCUCUACCGGGAGCUGACACCGAGGCUCUUCUGCAGCGACGAGGCUCUCGUUUCACGGGCGAGGAUGUGGAUUCGCCGCGAACUACAAGUGUUCUCGUUUCUGUCCGCUGACGACUCUACUUCCGCCGCGUCCAGCUCUCGUUCAGGAGAUGCAAAUGAGGGCGCGGCCCAGCUACGGCGGAGAGCGAACAACGCCGAGUUCCUGCUGGAGUACAUCAUCGCCAUCCUCAAGACCGUCGACAUCAUGGGCAGCGCCGGACAGGCAGAGGACAUGUUGUCGGAGUUUCUCGGCCGGGACAAUGCGCGGCUGUUUCUACACGAGCUGCGGUCGUGGCUGAGGAGCCCGUUUACGAAACUAGAGGACUGGGACCGAGCGGUGCAGUACGACUCUGUGGAAUCCAGAGGCUCUUCAUCUGCUUCUUCGCCUGCCCCGAGGCUUGGUCGAGACGCUGAUGCGGCUGUUGCGCAACACGGCCCGGAUCGGGUGCGGCCCAGGGGGGACUAUUACAGGCCCAGGUCGGCGCAGGCUUUUCGAGAAGAGAGGCGCAAAAGACGGCGCGAGCAUUAUAGACAAGAUGGACGACGGAGGGAGAGGAGUGCUUGACGCUCAUGAG